AUGAAUGUACCGAUUACUUUAAACUUAUCAAAUAAUUGGGCAUUAGUUACUACGACUGGUACUACUACGACUACUGCUACUACAAAUUUAUGUCAAUUAUCUGUACGACAACAAACCAUUGAUAUGCAACAAACAUUUAUUGGAAAUUAUAAUAAUAAUAAUAAUCAGUGUCAGACAAAUAAUAAUAAUAAUCCUUCAGUUACUGAAUUAGUAAAUGUAAUACCAAUACCAUCAUCUUCCUCUUCAUCGUCAGCUUCUUCUUCUUCUUCAUCAUCAUCAUCUUCUUCGUCAUCAUCUUCAUCAUCGUCGUCGUCAUCAUCAUCAGGUCGAAGAAUCAAUGAUCCACAAUCAUAUUGGAAUGGAAUUACAUUACUUAGAGAAACAAUACCUGGUUAUUAUUCAAAUUCAGUUGGUUCAUCAAUAUUAUGUCCUAUUAUUAAUCCAUCUAUUGUUUCUCAAACAACAUCAAUUACUAAUUGUACAAUGAAUUAUCCAAAUACAUUGAAUUCAUUACAUGGAUCUUCUUCAUCAUCUUCUUCAGGAAAUGUAUCAAGUACUACAGGGAAUGGAGCUACUAAAGUACCACGACAACGUAAAAAAGAUCCAUAUAUUCCUAGUUAUAUGGAUCCAGCUAAUGGUCCUGAACCUUGUGUUGUAUGUGGUGAUAAUGCAACUGGAUUUCAUUAUCGUGCUAUGACAUGUGAAGGUUGUAAAGGAUUUUUUCGACGUUCAGUACAGAAGAAACUAGUUUAUACUUGUAAAUAUAAUGGACGAUGUUCUGUAUCAGAUAAACAAAAUCGAAAUAGUUGUCAAAAAUGUCGUUUUGAUCGGUGUAUUAAAGGUGGUAUGGCCAAAGAUUUGGUUUUGGAUGAAGAAAAACGUUUAGCAAAACGUCGUUUAAUUGAAGCAAAUCGUGCACGUAAACGUGCUGAAUCUGACAAUGCAAUACAACAAAGUCAAAUUAAUUCUGGUCCAAGUCCACCUAAACAAACUAGUUAUCUUCCUCCAACACCUUCUUCUCUUUCAACUGCUGUUUCACCACUUCAUCGUUCUCCUUUAAUAUCUCAACAGAAUGUAAUUCCAGCACAAAUUAGACAAUCACAAAUUAAACCACCAAUGGUAACAACUAAUCAACCACGUUCAGUAUUACAUAAUUAUCCAUCGAUAACAGCUCAAACAGGUGUAAUGAAUUUUACUAAUUUAUCACCAACUGAUGGUAAUUCAACUCAACUUCAUAUAUCUACAAAUCUUAGUCCAACAGUACAAUCAUCUACUAAUAAUCUUGAUCAGCAUAAUUCAACAUCAAUUCAACCAACGAUAUAUGAUCCAAAUUGUGCUAUGCUACCAUUAUUACAAACAUCACCAACAAGAAAUAAUCUUAUCUAUUCAGAUGGAAAUUCUCCUAUAAAUCAACAUGCUCAUUACGUAAGUACUAAUCACCAUCCACCACCACCACCACCACAUCAUCAUCAUCAACAUCAACAUCAUCAUCAACAACAACAACAACAUCAUCCUCAUCAUCCUCAACAUCCUUCUGGUCAUUCACUUCAAGUAUCAACAACCGAUUUAAUAUCAAAUAAUACACUUCAUUCAAAUUCAUUAGUGAAUAUAUCAUCUAAUAUUUCAUUAGAUGAAUCUAAUCAAUUAUAUUGGACAAAUAAUUCAACUAUUAAUGAAACCAUUGACAAUACAUUUCAUCAUCCUUUAACAACUACAAUACAUCAACAUCAUCAAUUACCAUUACAACAACAUCAAAAUAAUUUUAUUCAACCUAUUGUAACUGAUUCUAAUUGGAAUAAUGAACAAUUUACACAAUCAUUAAUAACUAAUGAAAAUAAUAUUACACAAUAUUGUCCAGUUAGUUUAAUGAAUGAUACUUUAUCAUAUGAUCAACAUCAACGAAAUCAUCAUCAUCAUCAACAACAACAUCAUCAUCAUCCUGAUCAUCAACAUCAACAUCAUAACCAUCAACAACAACAGCAACAGCAACAACAGCAGCAGCAGCAACAACAACAACAACCGUCAUCAAUGUCACAUCAAAAUCAUGAUCUUAAUUUAGUAAUGAAACAAACGAAUCCCAUAAAUAUCUUACAUUAUGAUCCACUUAUAAAGAAUAAUUUAACAAAGAAUAAUGAUGAUGUUAGUGAAAUGAAAAUUGCUAAAUUAGAUGAAAGAAAAUUUACUAUACCAAUUACUUCUAUAAAUACACCUUCUAUUAUUAAUCCAUUUUCUAUUGCUGACUAUUCGUCAUCAUCAUCUCUCCUUAAUAAUAAAACAAUGCAAAACCAAUUAUCUGGUACAAAUAAUAAAGAUAUUACUCAAUCAGGUGAUAAUUCUCAAUUGAAUUCAGGUGAAUUUGUAAUUAAAAGUAUCGUGGAUUCACAUGUGACCGGAUUUCUCACAAAGGUAAAUUUAAUUAAUGUUAGUAGUUGUAGUGGUAGUAGUAGUGGAAGUAGUAGUAGUAGUAGUAAUGGUAAUAGUAGUAGUAGUAGUAGUAGUAGUAGUAGUAGUAGUAGUAGUAGUAGUAGUAGUAGUAGUAGUAGUAGUAGUAGUAGUAGUAGUAGUAGUAGUAGUAGUAGUAGUAGUAGUAGUAGUAGUAGUAGUAGUAGUAGUAGUAGUAGUAGUAGUAGUAGUAGUAGUAGUAGUAGUAGUAGUAGUAGUAGUAGUAGUAGUAGUAGUAGUAGUAGUAGUAGUAGUAGUAGUAGUAGUAGUAGUAGUAGUAGUAGUAGUAGUAGUAGUAGUAGUAGUAGUAGUAGUAGUAGUAGUAGUAGUAGUAGUAGUAGUAGUAGUAGUAGUAGUAGUAGUAGUAGUAGUAGUAGUAGUAGUAGUAGUAGUAGUAGUAGUAGUAGUAGUAGUAGUAGUAGUAGUAGUAGUAGUAGUAGUAGUAGUAGUAGUAGUAGUAGUAGUAGUAGUAGUAGUAGUAGUAGUAGUAGUAGUAGUAGUAGUAGUAGUAGUAGUAGUAGUAGUAGUAGUAGUAGUAGUAGUAGUAGUAGUAGUAGUAGUAGUAGUAGUAGUAGUAGUAGUAGUAGUAGUAGUAGUAGUAGUAGUAGUAGUAGUAGUAGUAGUAGUAGUAGUAGUAGUAGUAGUAGUAGUAGUAGUAGUAGUAGUAGUAGUAGUAGUAGUAGUAGUAGUAGUAGUAGUAGUAGUAGUAGUAGUAGUAGUAGUAGUAGUAGUAGUAGUAGUAGUAGUAGUAGUAGUAGUAGUAGUAGUAGUAGUAGUAGUAGUAGUAGUAGUAGUAGUAGUAGUAGUAGUAGUAGUAGUAGUAGUAGUAGUAGUAGUAGUAGUAGUAGUAGUAGUAGUAGUAGUAGUAGUAGUAGUAGUAGUAGUAGUAGUAGUAGUAGUAGUAGUAGUAGUAGUAGUAGUAGUAGUAGUAGUAGUAGUAGUAGUAGUAGUAGUAGUAGUAGUAGUAGUAGUAGUAGUAGUAGUAGUAGUAGUAGUAGUAGUAGUAGUAGUAGUAGUAGUAGUAGUAGUAGUAGUAGUAGUAGUAGUAGUAGUAGUAGUAGUAGUAGUAGUAGUAGUAGUAGUAGUAGUAGUAGUAGUAGUAGUAGUAGUAGUAGUAGUAGUAGUAGUAGUAGUAGUAGUAGUAGUAGUAGUAGUAGUAGUAGUAGUAGUAGUAGUAGUAGUAGUAGUAGUAGUAGUAGUAGUAGUAGUAGUAGUAGUAGUAGUAGUAGUAGUAGUAGUAGUAGUAGUAGUAAUAGUAGUAGUCGGAGGAGUGGUAGUAGUAGUAGUAGUAGUAGUAGUAGUAGUAGUAGUAGUAGUAGUAGUAGUAGUAGUAGAAAUGAAGUUGAACAAGAAGAUAUUCAACAUGCUAGAUCAUUUUAUAUGACAACAUUUCAUGAUUUAGCAUAUCUGAUUGAACCAGCAAUAACACGUUUAGUGAAAUUUGCUAAACAAAUUCAAGGAUUUGAUACACUUGAAGUAGAUGAUCAAAUCCGUUUAUUAUGUGGUUGUUGUAUUGAUCUAAUCACUUUAAGAGCAGCUUAUUAUAUCAGUAAAUCAGCUAAACUUCAAGGAUUAGUUGAUAAUUCAUUAUUGAUUCGAGGUACCAUAACAACAGCAACAACAACAACAACAACAUCAUCAUCAAAUUUAUCUAAUCAAUAUAAUACAACCAUACCACAUAUACCUAAUCAUCAUUAUCCAAAACUUGGUAUAUCUGAUGAAAAAUAUGCACAAUUAAUUCGUGGUGUAGCAUUAAAAAUGGCACGUUUAAACAUUGAUCAAACUGAUGUUGCUAUGAUGGCAGCUAUUUUAUUAAUGUCACCUGAUCGAAAUGAUUUAUUGGAUGUAGAAACUAUAGAAAAUAAUCAAAAUAAUCUUUUAGAAACAUUUAAUCGUUAUGUCAAUCGUACACGUGGUCAAAUAAAACAAUCUCAUACUUAUCCAAUACCUAGUUCACAAUGUUGGCCAAGAAUUAUUAUGACAUUAACUGAAUUACGUUCAGUUACAAUGUGUGCACAAGAUUUAUUUUCACAAACUUCUGGUACUACUACUACUACUAAUAAUAAUAAUACUACUGAUAAUAAUAAUAAUAAUCAGUUACCAUGGUAUCUUCAUGAAUUAUUUUUAGCUGAUGAAGUAAUAAACACUGUAGAAUAA